ACACAGUUUGUGGUGUAACUGUUAGAUUAUUAGAUACACAAGGUCCUGUGUUAAUAGCUCCUUACUCAGUAGCAUGUUAUGUUUAUAGGCUAGCCACAUACUUCUCUGUAGUCUUGUGAAUCAUAGGGUCAGACUGUAGGAGGGGUCAGAGGUCACACAGCGGAGGUCAGGCCUGCCUUGUUUGGAUGUGAAACAGUAUACCUUCUUUCAAUAUGGAGGAUGCAUGUAGCUGAGUGAGAGGGAUAAGUUAAUGGUGGAAGUUAGCCUUCAUUCCAGGGAAAUCAUUUUUAAAUCUGAAUAUAAAAGUGAGGGACGGAGUGUUCAGUAUGUGUUUAGGGAGAGUUGCCCUGUUGGUACUCGGGGUGGUGAUUAGCCAUGCCCGGGCAGACACAAGUUCUAUAUCACGGACACCGACCAUAGGCUGUUGUGACUGUGCUACCCUGAUGCCAGACCCCCGCCCAAACAUUGAGCCCCAACAUAUGCCCUCCCCAUUCCAUAUCAAACUCAGCAAGACUGUCUACAAUCCAAAGAACAGUCAGGCAGAGGAGAUCAAUGUGAACCUGACUGCCGUUCAGCCCUUGACAGCCUUCACCCGUUUCAUGGUGCAGGCCGUGUACAUCAACAGGGAUGGUACGGUCAAGGACAACACGCCACUCGGCAGGUUUAUAGACCUUGACUUCAACAGUACCGACACCGGGCUAAGGGGGCGAACAGAAAUUACCUGUGCUGGAGGGCGUGCCAUAAAACAAAGUAACGCCAACCAAGCGAAGAAAAACGUACGUUUGGUAUGGAAACCGGACGUGACUAUGAAGGGACCAAUUGUGUUCAGGACCACAUUUAUUCAGGACGGAAAUCGGUUCUGGGUGCGAGAACUGUCCGAGCCUGUCAUUGACAAGAACGGUCCUCCCAUGGACAAACUACCUACUGAUCCAAACAGGCUGCCUUUGAUUGAUCCCAUAAACACUCGGGACUGUGGGUCCAAGAAGGGCUGUUACCGAAUCCCUGAGGGCUGCUGGGAGCCCUACUGUCAGUACAUUGCCACCUGGGUCCAUUUAGGAGGCAACAGGUACAGGUUUGAGGUGGGAGGCAUCACGGACGGAAUCACUGACCGAUACGUGUCACUCGCCAUCUCGAACGACAUCAGAUGGGGCGGAGACUUGGUGAUGGAGUGUGUCCACAACGGGGCCACAGGUCUAACUCAGGUCUACCUCGCCGAGAGUGUUGACCACCACACUCAUAGACUCAAAAAUCCCAAAGCAGGUAUCAUAUCUGAGGAAGGUCAGUUCCUUAACGGUCGACUACGAUGUCGGUUUGAGAAGGUGCCCCACCCAGAUACCAAGGACUACCCCAUGUCUGGUUAUAGCCAUCUCAUCAUGUCCAGGGGCGUCGCAGAGUCAGGUGAAACAGCUGCCCAUGGGUUUGGUGUUGGGGAGAUUCCUCUAUCCUCUCCUGAUCAGAUCACUCUCUCAUCUACCGCCAACGUUGGUGACUACGCCCGCUACGCACUUGUAAAGGGCCACGGUAUCCUCAUGAUUUUGGCGUGGGCUUUCUUCGGCACUACUGGCCUCCUCCUCACCAAAUACUACAAACCUAUGUGGCCAAACAAGCGUUUCUAUGGCCAGAGGUACUGGUUCAUUGGUCAUCUGAACUGUAUGGCGUGGCUGUUCCUACUGGUCAUCAUCGGAGUAAUCCUCAUUUUUGUGGAGGUAGGAGGAUACAGUAUGGCCGACUACCUUCCCUAUAAGGCCCACCCCAUCUUGGGUAUCAUCAUUCUCAUCUGUGUAAUCCUCAACCCCAUCAUCGCCCUGAUCCGACCAGAAGAUGACCACAGAUGUCGCCCAGUCUUUAACUGGUUCCACUGGGCAUUUGGCACUAUUGCCUGGUGUCUAGCAAUCCCUGCCAUGUUUAUCGGGAUGGACUUCGGAAAGGCGAUGGUGCCGUGGUGGGCAACAUGGAUUCUGUGUAUCUACAUCCUGUUCCACAUCAUCGUAGAGAUUACGCUUGAGGUCCACCAAUGCUGUACACACAAGAAAAAUAAAGAACGAAGGAAGAAAUACGAAUUCCAGAAAAGAGACAAUCCCAAAGCACACAUCCCAGAGCCUGAACCAGUUGGCCGGAGGUUCAAGAGGAAUAUGCUGCUUGCCCACUUCAUUGUGACGUGUAUCGUGGCUCUCAUCAUGGUCAUCUCUAUAGCAGCAGCCUAAAAUGACCCCAAGGCUGGGAUGACCGAUGUCCACGUACUCAGGACACCUUCAUUGGUCAUCUGUCAUCAUGUGAUAUUAUAGUAAUGGUGCUUUGACUGUAGGGAGGGGGGGGGGAUGAUAGGGUCCUUUCACUUUGGGGGACAGGAACCUUUCACUGUAGGGGGCGCUUUUCCUCAUAGCUGAAUGCAUAGAAAAUUAUGGCCGGUGUGUUAUUUGUUCAGAUUUACGGAGGUAAUUUAAAAUCAUAUCAGUGUCAUUGGACAGACAAAACAUGGUACCAUACUACUAUAGUGGAAAGUUUAUUGGUAAAAACAAGAGUUUGAGUAACUCUAAUUAAAAGAAUGCCAUGUUAUAAAUUAAUUUCGAUUUCAAUACAUUUGUACAUCCUCCAAUGUCUUAUUGUGCUAGAAAUGGAGAGGGUGUUUGAUAUCACUGAAAUUUCAACGUGUUGCCGUCUACUGGUAUUCACAAUAUACAAAUGCAAAAGUAGCGCACAUUUAGAAUCAAAUUGUUUUAAGAAUUUAUUGGCAACUUACUGUAAAAAAAAUUCAUUCUACAUCGUGGAAAAAACACCUAGUGUAGCAAAUCAAUGAUGCUUGUGCGAAGUCAUCUGUAGUAUCAAGCUACGCAUCGUCGUUACGCGAACGCCCAGUCAACGUAGUAUACAUAUUACACCUAUGUGAGGGAGUGCAUUCAGUGUUGCGCGUGUCAUCCUUGUACAAGUGUCUUCACGGCUGAUCAGUAUAAUAGUAAUAUAUUUGAAAAUGUUGUUAUUCGGCUUUAAUUUGUAUGCCAUAUUAGUUUUUGUACCAUCAUGUUGUAAUUUACCGUUCCAAUGUCAAGUGUAAAUAGUUCAAUUUCUGACCUUCCGAUGAAGAGUAACAUUUUCAAUUGUUGUGUAUCUUACAAAGACAUCAAAAUCAAAACUAUUUUAAAUCAAAAAUUUCUGUAGAUUUUUUAAAAAAUAUUUUUGUAUAAAACUUAAGAAUUUGGGUGUAAAAAUUUGCAUUACCACUGCUGAUAGAACAUUUUGUUAUAUCAGAAGAAAACGUGCCUUAAUGUUCGCAUGGAGUAAUUGUUAGUGGACUCUGUGUCACUAAAAUAAACGGACGAUACAGGAAUAGAAAUAUAAGCACAUAUAAUGAAAAUGUACAGGAAAAUGUAUUUUAUGAGAGUUACACAACGUUUCCCUAAACCUGUGAACAGUUGACGAUUAUUUUACGGGACUAAAACAACUUUGCCGUAAACCUGUUAAUGAGUUGGUGAGUCAUUGUGAGGUUUUAUUGACAUCACAUGUAAAUGUACCUGUGUUACUGUUUGGAGAUGAAGAGUGUACCUCUGUAUACUAAGAAAUAAUUGUCACACAGUCUUUUUCAACCUGCAUAAUGACCUCAUGACACAGCUAAUUACUUCACAUAGCAUUUCCAUUGUGUAGGGUAAAAUUUACACAGGGUGAUUAUAGAUUAUAUUUGAGAAACGCAAAUUUGUCACUGGAUGUAGGUUUCCUGUAUGUAUAUAUAUACAACAUAUACUUCAAAUAAACAGUCUGAAGAAUCUCCUAGAAGAGAUGAAAGUACUAAAGACUCGUUGAGAAUUUUUCUUUUUAUAAUAUAUAUAUAUAUAUCAAUAUCAGUGCUGUGGUUUUUGUAUGGAAGGUCAAAAUACAGUUAAUGUUCUAGUUCUACUCAUCUGUUUGUGAUAAAACUAUAAAACAUCUAAUCAUUAUUAUAUAUAUAUGCACACAAAAUGAAGGGAAAUGCAUGAUAUUAUGACAAACCUAGCAUUUACCAUUUAAAACCCAGAGCCAGCAUUUCCACAUUUUACGUUUGUCAGCAGUGUUAUGCUAAACAUUUCCAUGCCAGUGUUGUAUAUAUCUCAUUGUAAAUUUGUUGUAGUAAGCGUGACAGUGUAAGCGUGAGAGUGUAAGCAUGAGAGUGUAAGCGAGUGUAAUUAUUUACUCCAAAUGUCUACUUGCUCUUGUACAGGGCAAGUCCUCAUUGUAACGGUUGUAGCAGGGUCUAUAAGGUAGAAGGGUCGGUACCUGUACGUAUUGAGAUCUGACUAUAAAUGUAUAUAAAAAUGUAGAGCAUUUUGUUGUACAAUUUAGAUUAUACUGCUUUUCAAAAGAUAUAAUGUAGUUAGAUAUGUAUAUAGAAAUCGUAUGUAAACUGUAUAAAUCCAAUAGACUCCACAGACAGUACAUGUUAGAGGUUAACUCUGUCACUGCAGGUUUUUAAAAAGUUUUUAACGUUCACAUAAUUGACAUUUUACUAGGUUUACCAUUUUAAGUACUGUACAUGUAGUUUGUAUAUGGAGUUGAAUUAGUCCAAGAUGUAUGGAAACCAAAUUGAAUUUUUUUUUUUCAAAACUUUGAGGAAAAGAUGGAUCUGGUUGUUCAAAGUACUUUCGGUUAGACCAAUCAAGCUGUUUUUAAUUACAAUUUUUACAAAGUAGAUCUGCUACUUUCACAUAAAAACUUUGUGGAAGACCUCCAUUUCUUUCAAAUUAUUUUGGUCCACCCUUUAUUUCCGGUUUUUGGUCCUUUUUCACCACUUGACAGAGUUAUCCCACUUGCACACACGUCUGUUUUCGCCUUGUGAUGUUCAGUGUCUUACUGAAGUUAGUCAGUAGCUUAACUGACUAAACAAGGUCUAGACCUGUACUCACUGGUGAGCAGUCUAAUGGGUUAUUUGUGGUAAACUUGGAUUCUGACAGAGAUUUGUCUGUGAUGGUGUCAUUUAUGAUUAAUCAUUAUGUAUGCUGUGUGGUCAGCACAAUACUGACCAUAUUACUUCAUUGUUGACUGUUUUGUGACUGUUGUUUACCGUGUUAGAGAGAUUGUUUUAAUAUAUUGUAUGUGUUAUGACUGGACUCAAAUAGGAUUUAAUCUUUAGAAUGUGUUUUAAUAGAAAAUGUUUGUCUUAAUUGCAAUAAAUAAGAAAAAAAUUCAAACAGAAGUAUUUUGUCCAAUCCCCCACCCUAUGAACUAACACUAAGUUAUCUGAUUUUGCAGAUAUACAUGUGCAGUAUCUAAGUACUUGUCAGUCAGGAGAAAUUGUAAUCUACCCGUGGAUAAAAACUAGUUACGAGCGAAGAUUAGAUAAUAAUUUGGAAUUCCUAGUAGACUUAACUGAUCCAGUAUUAUAUUUGGCCGAUAUAUGAUGAUCACAUAAUAUAUAGUACAUGAAUAUGUAUUAGCAUAUCAAGAUUUCCUUGAGGGGCUUGAGAUUAGAAGAUAGUAAAAUAGCAUUUAGUUAUGAUACUCCAUAAUGGGGGUAUAAACUUGGCCCCGAGCAUGGGCUAAACACCAGCAAGAUGUAAAUAGCAUAUAUUAUAACAUAAUAGCAUACAACAUUUAUAAAUACAAAAUAGCUUUAAACGUACUGUAUUAGCGAACACCAGAACUGGCUGCUGGUGUGUCGACACAGUAGACCUGAUCUGCCCCAACUAACUAGACAACUACGGUAUAUUGAUAAAUGUACAUAGCAUGUGCAAGUUUUAUUUAUGUGUCAAUUUUUAUAUCUAUAUAUCUGUAUUUUUGCAUAGGAAUGUGCUUUGAAGUGGUGUAUCUGAUAGCAAAGUGUGAAUGGACAAAUUUAUUGCUUUUACAAAAAAAAUACAUACAUAUAUUUACAACAUAUAUCUAGUUUCUUUUUUCUUUUCCUUUUCUCUUCUUUUUGUUCAAGUUUUAAAACAUACAUAAUAUUAUUUUUUCUGUGAACUUAUUUUCUCUUUUUCUUGAUCUAGAACUAAGCAUAUUAUAAUUUUUAUUGAAGUGAAGAUCUGAGUCCACCAGGUUAUCUAUCUCAGGAGAUAGGGGGUCACUCUAUUUUACAUUUUACAAAUGUAUAGAAUUGUUUUUACGAAAAUAGAUGACUGAAAAAAUGAUUUGUGAUAUUUUUAUGCAUACAGUGCAAUAUGGUUAUGAAGUGUUAAAAGUAUUUUUUAUAAAACAAUUCGAAAAAGAAACCAUUUCUUAUUAGAGUAAAACAAAGUGGUUGUAGAAUAGUUUUGAACAAGGGAAAAUAGUCAAGAUCAUAAACAAUUAAAGCUCAAAGGAAGCUGUAUUUAGAAAUAAUAGGAUGGAACUUUUAUGUAUUUGCUUUAUAUUUCUAAUAAAUAGUAAACAUGCGAUAAAAUGA